AUGGCUGCUUCUGAUGUCGACCAGACGCAGGUACCCAGUGCCCAAACCGCGGAGUCGGGUUCUUCCCAGAGCGAAAAGCAAAAACGUCCAGAGCACGGCUCUUACGAUGACCACCCGUUUAGCGACCGUGUGACCACGCAGUACUGGCGUGAAAUCUACGAAACGGCGCAGUAUGAGGGACGCCACCGCUUCGAUCCGAGCUAUACUUGGUCGGCGGAAGAAGAGAAGAAGCUCGUUCGCAAGCUUGACUUCAGAAUCACACUAUGGGCAUGGAUGAUGUUCGUCUCGCUAGAUCUGAACCGCAAGAACAUCAAUCGGGCGAUUUCUGAUAACAUGCUGGGGGAUCUUGGCAUGAACACAAAUGACUUCAAUUACGGACAGACCAUCUUCCUUGCUAUGUUCCUGUUCGCCGAAUUGCCUAGCGGUCUGAUCAGUAAGAAACUUGGAGCCGACAGGUGGAUUCCAACUAUCAUCUGCGCAUGGUCGUUUGUCAGUGCUGCUCAAUGCGGUAUCACCAGCAAAUCUCAAUACUUCGCCAUCCGUGCGCUUCUGGGCCUUUUGAUGGGCGGCUUCAUUCCCGACAUCGUCCUGUGGCUCACAUACUUCUUCAAGUCCAACGAGCUUCCGACUCGUUUGGCAUGGUUCUGGACAGCUUUGAGCUUUUGCAACAUCGUCGGCUCGUUGAUGGCUGCCGGCAUUCUACAAAUGCGAGGGCUUCACGGCUGGGGUGGCUGGCAAUAUCUAUUCCUAAUAGAGGGCAUCCUAACCUUCGUCAUCGGCGUAUUCUCCUAUGUCCUCAUGCCCGCCGGCGCCACCCAAACCGCAAACUGGUUCCGCGGGAAGAACGGCUGGUUCUCCGAACACGAAGAAUACAUCCUCGUCAACCGCAUCCUCCGCGACGACCCCUCCAAAGGGGACAUGAACAACCGCACCGGCGUCUCCCCCCGCCUCCUCUGGAAGACCAUCACCGACUGGGAACAAUGGCCCCUCUACCUCAUCGGCCUUAUGGCUUACAUCCCCCCUUCCCCACCAAGCACCUACCUCUCCUACAUCCUGCGCCAACUCGGCUUCACCACCUUCGAAGCAAACAUGCUCCUCAUCCCCUCGCAGUUCCUCUUCGCAGUACAACUCCUCAUCCUAACCUGGAUCUCCAAAAAGCUAAAAGAACGCGCCAUAGUAUCCAGCCUCUCUAAUAUUUGGAUCUUCCCCUGGCUAGUAGCCCUAGUCACGCUGCCUGCAAGUGCAAAUCCCUGGGUGCGCUACGCCCUCCUGUCAGGCCUCCUCUCGUACCCCUACUGCCACGCCAUCCUCGUCGGCUGGAACGCUACAAACUCCAAUUCUGUACGUACGCGCGCCGUCAGCGCGGCGUUUUACAACAUGUUUGUGCAGUCGGGGAGUAUCAUCGCGAGUAACAUCUACCGCGACGACGACCAGCCGCUGUACCGCCGCGGGAAUAAGAUUCUGCUAGCCAUUUGCAGCUUUAAUAUCUUCUUGUUCUUCUUUGUCAAGGCUUUCUACGUUUGGAGGAAUAAGGUUAGGGAUCGGCAGUGGAUUGCGAUGACGAAGGCAGAGCAGGAGGAUUACGUUGUUAGUACAAAGGAUGAGGGGAUGAAGAGGUUGGAUUUUAGGUUUGUCCAUUGA